AAACUACUUCAAACCAACACAGAGCAGAGUGUAUUUCGUGCUCUUGAACAUGAGUUGAGGCCAAAAGCUGUACUGUUUUAUGGUGUACCGUGGUUAAGACUUGUACUUCUUGCUAAUUGACGUCUUUUUUCAUGGACGCGCUCAACUCGUGGCGCUAAUUACUUUCCUUGUGGUGCGUGUUGCCUAGCGAGGCUACGAUUGGUCGACUUUGAUUGCGAGCGCAAAGGCGCCAGAAUGCUCGCCUUAUUGACAUUUGUAGCUCUACUCAUCGACGUGUGGGGUUUUUUGAAGGAACUUUUUUGAAGAGAAGCGCUGCAAAGAAAUCUCUGAGGAUUGUGUUUGCCUUCGGAUACAAAACAUGAAACACUGGAGAAGGUGUUGGAGUUGGAAGCUUCUUCUAGGACUUGUUAUUUUGGGUCUCUGUUGGGAUAAUGGCUUGUGUCGUAAGCGUGCAAAGCCACAGCGUUCGACUCCAACAAUACCUCGUGCUUUCAACGAGACAUUCAACUCAACUUCUGGCGGGAAAAACGACGUACAACAAUUGUUCGCCCUGCAGCAGCCCCGCGAAGAACCAAGAAUCCUGAAUCUGGGUUGUUAUGGGAUUAAAAUACGUCGCUACGUUUCUAAUGGUUUUUGCACUAGUCGAAAAGCUAUACGAGAUACUAUUUGUGAUGGAAGAUGCCUACCAAUGGAUGAACUACCGUGGUUCCCAGAGUUCAGCAAAGUAAUAAGCAGAAACAAGCGGGAAUGGAGAUGUGUUCCCGAUUACGUAAAGAGGAGAAAAGUGACUGUGUUUUGCAACGAUGGUACAAAACGAAGGUACAGAAUACCAGUCGUUCGAACGUGCAAGUGUAAGCGAUACACGAAAAAACAAAACAUGACUAAUCCUCCGGGUCAGUCAAAAAAGGACUCAAAACCACGGUGAAAGACUUGAAAGACCACUAUCUAUAGCUCACCACGGUGAUACCGAAGCACUUCGAGAAAGUUGCGAAGAAUCAAAUACGCGGAGACUCUGCACAAGAAUGAACAAACCAAUCGCAACUAUACUCAUCUGAUGUACAAUACGACAAAACUGUACAUAAACCUUAUCUAAGACGAGACAAACUUAGGGUAUAGCUAAAAGAGGCUAUAUAACUUGGCCAUGUAAAUGUGUACAUUUUGCCCGUCUGCAAUAUUAGUUUACACGAAUGGUAGGUAAGCUCUUUGAAAGGGGAUGCGAAGUGUUUUUGUAAACUAUUAUUGGCAGAGAAAUAAUAACACCUCGUGUGUGUGAAAGGACGUACGUGUAUCUAUCUAUCUAUAUACGCUGUAUACGAAGCAAACACGUGUGUUGCCCAAACUCCACACACACGAGGAUACAAAAUUCUCAAGAUUCUAAUAAUAUUAUGACGGACUAUGUCGCCCACAUUGGGUCUAAUGUUUGUUGUAAUCGUUCUGAAUUCAUUCGGAACUUAUUUAAAUAUACAUAUAUAUAUUAUAUAUAGUUAAAAACAAUAUAGAACAACACAAUAAACUAUGUUACAUGUCAUUGGGCAUAGCUCAAUGGAUGCUAAUCCGAGAUUUACAAAAUAGGUAGUAUACGCUCCGCCUUUAUUGGUAACCGUCAAGCCAACUUGAUGCCUGUUGAUCGUUAAUUGGCAAUGGAACCAAGGAAGUACAAGAAAAUGGUCGAGACAUCGUGGGACCACUGUUGUACAGUGACACAACUAAAUUCUAAUUCAGUAAAGUGUAGAUGUAAAAGAAAGAAGUUGAAUAAAGUCGAUUGGAGGAUAACAA